AGUGUCAAUGAAAAUAAAAGGCAAUAUUCCUUCUACAAAAAGUUUCGUAAGAAAUGCGUUCAAGUUUCGACAUUUCUAGUUAGUUCGGUAAGGGUUUGUACACUUGGUUUGUGACUGGAGGUAAGCUGCAGUGUACAGCGUCCUGCGUGCUCGAUCAUCAACACGAACGUCAACAGACUUUUUCGACAGCCUGGACCGAACCGGCGUGAUGAUCCCCGAAUGUCCCCGGACCACUGAGAGCAGAAGCCGCACACGAUGCCACGGUGCCGAGCCUGUCCAAACCCGCUCCGGGUUGCUUUGCGAGAUAAAAACUCCUAUCAAGACCGAGCCAUUUAAUGAACACUACAGUCUUAUCCCCGGCAAAGAGCUUGGCAGGGGGAAGUUCGCUGUGGUGAAGAAGUACGUGGAGAAACGCACGGGGAAGGAGUACGCCGCCAAGCUCAUGAGGAAGAGGAGGAAAGGCCAGGACUGCCGCAUGGAGAUCGUCCACGAGAUCGCCGUGUUGGAGCUGGCCACCGCCAGCCCCUGGGUCAUCAACCUGCACGAGGUGUACGAGACGGCCAGCGAGAUGAUCCUGGUGCUGGAAUACGCAGCGGGCGGGGAAAUAUUUAACCAGUGCGUAGCGGAGCGGGACGAGGCCUUCAAGGAGGACGACGUGAAGAGGCUGAUGAGGCAGAUCCUAGAGGGCGUGGCCUUCCUGCACAAGAACAGCGUGGUGCACCUGGACCUCAAGCCCCAGAAUAUCCUCCUGACCAGCGAGUCCCCUCUGGGCGAUAUUAAAAUCGUAGACUUUGGGCUGUCCCGAAUGGUGAGCAGCAACCAGGAGCUGAGGGAAAUCAUGGGCACUCCAGAGUACGUGGCUCCAGAAAUUUUGAAUUACGAACCAAUAAGUACAGCAACAGACAUGUGGAGUAUCGGAGUGCUGGCCUACGUGAUGCUGACGGGAACCUCUCCUUUUCUGGGAGAUGACAAGCAGGAGACCUUCCUCAACAUCUCCCAGCUCAACAUCAGCUACACUGAGGAGGAGCUGGAGGGGCUGGGGCAGCCUGCCAUCGACUUCAUGAAGUCACUGCUCAUUAAAGAACCACACGAAAGGGCCACGGCAGAGGCAUGUCUGCAGCACCCAUGGCUCCAGCAGGAGGUUGAGGGGAAAGAGGAGGAGAAGGAAGGGGAGCAGAGCGCCGCCGAGAGCUCCACAGAGCCGAACAGCCCCGUGUCCCCCACCGGCAAGGAGGAGAAAGAAGAGGAGGAGGGCCAGGUGACGGAGGAGCUCAUCGUGGUGGCGGCCUACACCCUGGGACAGUGCCGGCAGUCAGAGAAGGAGGGCAUGACACCUGACCAGAAGGCCAUCUCCAAGCGCUUCAAAUUCGAGGAGCCCUUCAGCGCCCUGCAGGAGGUGCCUGGAGAGUUCAUCUACUGAAGCCCGGGAAGUCACACUACAGACGUCUCUCUCUCUCUCUCUCUGUAACCCACCUCAUGAUUUGAACUUGUAAGCCAAACCAUGUCAUUAUGUUUUUUUUUUUUUUAAUGUGCUGCUUUACUUUCAUGGGUAAGUUACAACAGACUGAGCCUUGCCGUGUUUUUCUCUUUUUUUUCUAUCUGGUGCCAUGCUUGAAAUUUGAGACAAAAUUAAGUGGGCCGUGA